GAGCCAACUGGGCGAGGGAUAGGCACACACGGCCUUGCGAUUGGUUUCUUCAACACCGUCAAUUUUAGCGUCGGUAAUUGGCUUCCUCAAUCUACCGCGUUCUUUCUACAAUGCCGGCGUGCUGGUCUCGUGCAUAACUCUGGCCGUUAUCGCUUUCUUCAACGUUGUUACGACCAUUUGGCUUGUAGAAACUAUGUCCAGAGCUCAGGCACUAGAAUACAGUGGAAAGAUGAUCACACAUAGUUUUUUGGACGACUCAGAUAAUCAGAAGUUGCUGGAAGAAAUCAAUGAUGAGGGACAGGAAGAUGACGAAAUCAGCUUACCUACUAUGCCUGAAUAUAUUAUUAGAUCAGACAGGAAGUUUGAUGGUCCGGAAAUGUGCGAAAGCUUUCAUGGCAAAAUAGCGAAGUACAUAUACUUAGGUAUUAUGGUUUUGGGAGUCUUUGGAUUUGUGGAUCCAGGGCACUGUGGCUGCGACUGCAUGGACAUACCUCUUAAUGUGGAAAUAUUUGAAAAGUGUACAAGGGACAAUCUAGAGAACAUUUCUCUUCAUCCUGAGGGAAUGUGUUGGAAUACCUACAGCCUGUGUAUUCUGCUGUAUGCACUGAUUGUUGUGCCGCUGUCAUGUCUCGAGCUGAGUGAGCAGAAGUGGUUUCAAGUCGUUCUCAGUGUUAUGCGACUGUUUCUUAUUUUUAGUAUAAUAAUAUACUGUGUGGUGAUGAAACUGAUGGGAUCAAGUCCUGUUCAAGACGAAUCCGUUUCUGACAAGACUAUUUCAUCGAAUAACUGGAUUGGUGGAUCAUCGGCAGGAUGGUUGGCUGCCAUUCCUGUCUUUGCAUUUACUCAAUCAAUUCAGGUCAACAUUCCGACUCUCACUCAACCGAUCGAGCCCAAAAGGAAACUGAGAGAAUUCUACACUCGUGCAUUGUUGACAUUGACGGUACUGUAUGUGGUUCUGGGUUAAAUGUAGAUAAAAGUC